UUUAUUGAGAAUUUGAGUAAUCUCAACGAUGUCACGCUCUUCAUAUCUUGUUGUUUUAUUAUGUCUUUACAACCUUACUUUCUUAGAGGCUCUUAAUGAUGGAUUUAGUUUGGAGAUCAUCCACCGUGACUCGUCAAGAUCACCAUUCUACCGUCCAACAGAAACUCAAUUCCAACGAGUUGCCAAUGCUGUGCGCCGCUCCAUCAAACGGACCAAUACACCCAAUGCCAUUAUCACACCAGAUUUUGGUGAAUACCUUGUGAGCUAUUCAAUUGGAACCCCACCAUUCCAACUCUUUGGUAUUGUUGACACGGGUAGUGACAUUAUUUGGCUACAAUGCCAACCAUGUAAAGCUUGCUACAAACAAACCGUUCCAUUAUUCAAUCCUUCCAAGUCCAAAACAUUCGAAACCCUCCCAUGUUCCAAAACAUGUCUUUCUGUGCAAGGUGCGUCUUGCUCCAAUAAGAAAACUUGUGAAUAUAAUAUUGGUUAUGCGAGUGGCGCAUACUCCCAUGGAGAUCUUAGUGUGGAAACCCUCACAUUAGGCUCCACUAGUGGCUCUUCUAUCCAAUUUCCUAAAACUGUGAUAGGAUGUGGACAUAACAAUUCAGUUUCCUUUCAAGAGAAGAACUCUGGCAUAGUUGGCCUAGGUAAUGGACCUGUGUCCCUUAUAUCUCAAUUGAGCUCUUCAAUACGUGGAAAAUUUUCUCAUUGUUUAGUACCAAUGCUUUCACAAUCUAACUCAUCAAGCAAACUCAAUUUUGGAGAUGCUGCUGAGGUUUCUGGGGUUGGGACUGUCUCAACCCCAUUAGUUCUACGUCAAGGACAAGUAUUUUACUUCCUAACCAUAGAAGCAUUGAGUGUUGAAAGCAAAAGAAUAGAGUUUAAAAGCCCUUCAUCUAGACCUAGUGUUGAGGGAAACAUCGUAAUUGACUCAGGUACAACCCUCACUUUUUUGCCACCUGAUGUUUACUCAAAGUUUGAAUCAGCAGUAGUACAAGUGGUUAAAUUAAAGCGCGUUCAGGAUCCAACUAAAUUAUUUAGCCUUUGCUAUAAAGCUACAUUGGAUAAGCUAAAUGCACCAAAGAUCACUGCAAAUUUCAAGGGUGCAGAUGUUGGGUUAAAUUCUAUCAACACCUUUACUCAAGUGGCCGAUGAGGUAGUAUGUUUGGCUUUCCAGCCAACUCAAUCAGGUGCUGUCUUUGGGAACUUGGCUCAACAAAGCUUCUUGAUUGGCUACGACCUCCAAAAGAAAACAGUCUCCUUUAAGCGCACAGAUUGCACAAAGUAGUGAUUGGUUGUUGUAUGUUUUACAUAUAAAAUUGUACCUUUUAUUGUCGUGAUUUAUU